AUGAAUAUUAUAAACAAUGUUCAAGAAUAAAUAAUCAUUUAUUAUAAGAAGUGGUAAACCUUAGUUACUUAAAAACACUCUUUAAAAAAUUUAUGUAAGAAAGCUAAAGAUGAAAUCACAUAAAUUGCAAAACAAAUUAUCUUAACAAUACUAAUAGCAUAAAUUUAAAUAGAAACUAAUUAAAGUUGCCCAAUUUGUUUGAAUGAGAAUCUUCUUAUCAAAGGGGUUUAAUCAGAAUAAUGUAAACAUUCAUUUUGUAUUGGAUGUAUCAAUGACUAUUGGCAACAUAAUCAAAAAAAAUAGUUAAAAUGCCCAUGUUGUAGAGCCAAAAUUAGUACUUUUGCUAAAUCCAAAAAACUCUAAGACUAGUUUUAGUAAGAAUGUAAUUCAUUUAUUUUGGAAUACAGAGUUCGUUGCACAGUCUUAAAAUAUAACAUCAUUUAUGUAUUUUUUUUAGAAAUAUAACUUAGCCAUUUUAAAUUGUAGCAAAUAUAUAUAAGCAUUUAGGAUAAUUAUUUAAUCUAUGCAAAAUUUUAUUUAAAUUGUCUAUCUAAUUAUAACUUGUUUUAUGUUUUAUAUUGUUUGUUUAUGUGUUAUCACCUAUUGAUUUAUUCCCAGAAGCUAUAUUUGGAGUAUUAGGAUUAGUAGAUGAUCUCUUGUGCAUAAUAUUUAUAGUUUGGAUACUUAUUACUCAAAUCAUGAUGAGAAUAUUUUUUUGA